UGGAAGUUAUUAUAUCCUUCAGUUGGAUGGUUGAGCUAAUAUGGGUUAAUAGAGAGAGCUAUAUAAUGGCUAAUAUGAUUCUUGUGGUGUGUAGUAUUGCUCCAAGUCAACUUAGAUUUCUAUUUAUGGAAUUUAACUAUUUUCAUAUUGUCUUUCACUGAUAAUAAUUUUUGUCCUAAAUAAGAUAAACGUUAACCAUUUACCAAGCGUGGUGGAACUGAUCAACCAACAACAGGAUUGUUUCUUAUUUUCUUAACUUCAUUUAAGCUAAGAGAGAGAGUUUAUUUUUCUGAGAACCUACCGAUCAUGAGAGGAGAAGAGACAGAGGCGUGGAGGUACUUUAGAAGAGAUGUUUUGCCGUUUGCUGCCAUGUUUGCAGUGGAGUGUGCCACGGUUGGGUCAAGCACACUGUACAAGGCUGCUACCUUAAGAGGAUUGAACUUCUAUGUCUUUAUCUUCUACACUUAUGUUAUUUCAACACUAAUACUUUUUCCACUUUCCAUCAUCUUUGGAAGAUCAAGAAGAUUGCCUUCAGUCAAGUCUCCUCUCUUCUUCAAGAUUCUCUUACUUGGGCUUGUCGGUUUCAUGGCAGUGUUAGCUGGUUGUAAAGGAAUAGAAUACAGUUCUCCUACAGUUUCCUCUGCUAUCAGCAACCUCACACCAGCUUUUACCUUCAUCCUCGCAGUUAUCUUCAGGAUGGAAAAUGUAAGGUUAAGGAGUUCGGCGACUCAGGCUAAAAUCAUUGGUGCAAUAAUAUCAAUAUCUGGUGCUUUGGUUGUUGUGCUCUAUAAAGGCUCCACACUCUUCGCUGAUGCAUCUGUUUCACCUACCAUUUCACUUCACAAGAAACUGACUUCAUCAGAGUCAAGCUGGAUAAUCGGUGGCCUUUUGAUUACUUUACAUUACUUUCUUACAUCAGUCUGGUAUAUUCUUCAGACUCGAAUCAUGGAGAUAUACCCUGAAGAAAUAACUGUUGUCUUUUUAUACAAUCUAUGCGUAACACUAAUCUCAGCACCAGUAUGUUUAUUGGGGGAAAGGAACUUCACUUCUUGGACUCUUAAACCGGAUAUUUCUCUCGCUGCAAUAAUGUACUCGGGAGUUUUCGUUACGGUAUUUGGUGGGCUUACCCACACAUGGGGUCUGCAUCUGAAGGGUCCAGUAUACAUAUCCUUGUUCAGGCCAUUGUCUAUCGUUAUUGUAGUAGCCAUGGGUGCUAUAUUCCUUGGCGAUGCACUUCACCUCGGGAGUGUGAUUGGAUCAGUGAUAUUGUGCAUUGGAUUCUACAUGUUGAUUUGGGGAAAAGCAAGAGAGGAUACAACCAAAAAUGUAGCUGGCUCUGAGCAUUAUUCACCUUUGCUGCUUACACACAUCAUAGAAGAUGAAGCCUUGCCAUUAAGAUAGGAUUGAUGCAAGUAAAUAUUAUGCAUUGUAAAUAAUGACAAGUGGAGGUCCCAAAAACAAUACAACUCUGAAAAUUACACCCAAAAAAAUACAACUCUGAAAAUAUUAAAGUUACCAACCAUAGCAAAUAGAAGUUUAAACUUUAUAAUAUUAAAAUUACAAUUUACAACACAA